AUGAGAAGAUAUAACGAUCUUACCAUGAUAAAUAACACAGAGCUUUCAGGAUUAGACUUUAGUAUCGCAACCUGCGCUAGGCAACUACCAGAUGAAUACAACAACCAGGAUAUUAGCCAUAGUGUGAUUACAAAAUCAGUUCUCAAAAGAGAACAUUAUGGAGUAGGAUCUUACUUCACUAAUAGGUCACAAUAUUGCAGUUAUUUAUUUUUAUGUUUUACUGACAAACUAAAAAUAUAUAAAUCUGGUAAACUGGUGAAUUUUAUUGAAUUCGCUUCUAGCAGAUGCAUAUAUUAUGUAGGCCAUAACAAAGGUGAUUUCAUAUUCCACACUUGUUUCUUCUCUGAUGGGGAAAUUGUAAUAUAUUAUUAUCGUUUUAAUGAUCAAAAUAAUGACUGUAUUGAUUUUUUUACGGUUAGAAAGAAAACUAAAAGCUUUAAAUAUAAACGAAAUAUGAGGUUUAUUUCUGAAAGAUUAGAUAAUUUAUUAUGUAUUAAUAUUGAUUAUACAAAUACUUUACAUAUUAAUCUUUCAGAUGUAAUAGAGAAGGGAAUACUUGAAGUGGUUCCAUUUUUACCAGAUAUUAGUACGAGAUGGCUUCAUUUUGGAUAUUUAAAGCAUAGAAAAGUAAAGGAACAACAAUUAUCUUCGAUAGACACUUUAUUUAUCUUCAAUAUCGAUUCUUAUGAUAAUAAAUUAAAUCUUGAUGUCUUGGAGAGGCAAAAAGAUGGAAGCUUUGAUCUUUUAAAUAUCAAAUCAUACAAUAUAUUUACCACUUAUCCAUCAAAACUACUCUAUGGUUCUUUACCAAAGGAUGAUAUAGUAUUUUGCGUAUCUCGAGUAUACACCUGUAUAUUUCAUAACCAUUCGUUAUUUCAGUAUAAAAAUAACUGGCAAUAUACUGAUGCAUCCAAAAUCGAUUUUAAAAAAUGUCAUCUGCAAGGCGAGUCCUUAUAUAUGUCUAUUUGGUUAGAUAAUGGAACAUAUUACGAAACAACCUUAACGAGAGACUUUGGGAGUAUUAAACAACUAAAAUGGAAGAUAGCCAAGUCACAUUUAAUGGGAUUGUUCGACAAUGAUCAUCGAGUUACCAAGGUAUUUGCUUAUACCAAAAAGAUGUGUAUUUUUGCUGAUUAUUUUAUUGUUAAGUAUUAUUCAUUUAAAAGUAGAAAAGUCCCAAACCACUCAGGUGUAAUAUUAACUGCAUAUGAGAAAAAAACAUACACAACUUUUUGCUGGAUAAAUUAUCUCCCCAGGAUGAUAAAACACAACACAAAGCCUAUAUGCCCUGUAGAAAACUUCAAAUUUGUUAUAAAAGGAGGCUUUUUUAAUUCAACUUCAACUGGUUUCCUUGAAAAGCAUUCUUUUAAACCUUAUCCCAUUCUUAAAAAUGAGCGUCUUACAAAUUUUAAUAAAAAUGACAUAAUAUAUGACAUUAUUGUGACAGAUACUGGCAUUAAACCACAAACUAUUGACGUAAAUAGUCCUUCUCUUCUUAAGCGGUUAACUACUCUGCAUUGCUUUACAAAAUUCGGCAAAUAUUUACCUCUUGAAGAGGAACCAACUUUAAUUUCUAUUACAGAGAUAAUCUCAAAUUCUAAUGACAGACAAUAUUUUGGAUUUAUUUUUGCACCUUUCCAAAUGGGAAACGAUGACAUACCUAUAACUGAUUUACGUGUUAAAAUUAAUUCAUAUACAUCUACUAAUAAAGAAGAAACGAUAAUUGAAUUAAUAACCUUUGAUAGUAUAAAUCGAAGCCAAUUUGGAAAAAACCUGCGAUAUAAAGAUAUAAUUGCAAUCACAGGUUUUCAGUUAAAAGAAAAGGAUUCUUUUGGAAUAAUACUUCAUACUAAGACAAAAUCAUAUCUUUUCAAUGUUGGAUUUGAAGAUGCAUACUUAGAAUCUACCUUUUCUAUGUAUAAUAAAUACAUAAAUUCCGAUUUUUCUCCAAUAGAUGUACAACUCCAAUUUACUUCAAACUUUUAUCCUCAAAUAAUAUAUAUGAACGCAGAGGGUGAUAUAUAUUUUCAAUAUAUGAAUAAUAACUCAAUAUUUGAAUGCCAUAUAAAAUCAAAAUUUAGAGAGCCCUUUAAAUCACUUCGAGUUUCAGAGAAUAAUUUCAUGGUUUAUUAUAAUUAUAAAGAAACUAUAUUUAUUAGCAUUGCUACUCAACAGUAUUUUCAUAUUGACCUAGCAUAUGAACCGUUAAUAAUGAGAUAUAGUGCUGAUAAGAUAAAUGGGGGAAAAUGGCUUCACAUUUUAGAUACUUGUAAUGUGCUUCACUCAUACGUGAUGCAAUUAGAAAGUACCUCAACCUUUGAUACUUCACUUACCGCAUAUAAGAUUAUAAAAAAUGUCCCAAUUCAAAUGGAAUAUAUUGAAUCUAUCGAUAAGUUUAUAAUUUUAAAUCAAAAUAGCCAAACCAGGCAUGUAUAUCUUCAGAUUUAUGACUAUCAGUUAAAUUUAACUGAUUCAUUUGAAAUUCACAAAUUAUGUGAACAUUCUAACUUUACAUAUGUGAGCUGGAACAUAUCUCAUUACAUUUUCUUGAAUUGUGUUGAGAAUGGUAAAUUAUCAAUAAUAAGAAUAUUUGAACUAAAUUAUAGAGGGAGAUUGAAAGGUACCAGAAAAAUAGUUGAAAAUAAUAAUUUUUUAGUUUCAACUAUAUCGUUUAGUAAGUACGAUAAAUUACUAUAUCUAUUUGGCAAUAAUAUGGCUGCUUAUUCCUUUAAAAUAGACCAUGAGUCUAAUUAUGGAGAUAUUACAAGUAUUAAAAAGGUUCAAAUUACUUCAAAUGCGUAUGAUCCAAAGAUGGGGUUGCCAAUAGCCAGCUAUGAAAGCAUUGAAGGAAAUCGAAAAAUACGAGUGCUCUAUAAUAAUGGAGAUUAUAUGGACUAUAAACUUGAGAAUAACCAUCUCAAUAAGUAUCAACCCCAAAACCCUAGCUUAUACAAAAGAGAGAGAGGGCCUGAAGGAUUUCAGCAUCUGCAUGCAACAACUAUACUUUCUUCUCAACAAAAAAUAUUUACUGAUUCCCUUGAAAAAAGUGGUUCUUUUUUUAACUAUAUGAAUAAAGACACUAAUUAUUACACAUGCUUGCUUUAUUCAGAUCAUUAUGUCCAAGUAAUUAACGAAGAAACACAGGCUGCUAUCAAGCUGCAUGGGGAAAGUUAUGUAACUGAAAUGACUGAUAUACCCAGUACUUUUUUGAAUAGCAUUUGUUUUGUUACACCUUAA